UUGCUGUCAUUGGCAUUGAUUUUGAGUCAAUUUUUGACAUUAAUUAGCAUUUAAUUGUCAUUUUGUGACCACUUUUUACACUUAUAUUGAAUUUAAUUAUCAAUUGAUUUAUAACUCGUUUGUAAUUAUUAUAUAAAAUGACAUCAAAUCGUGGUUUGAGUGAAAGCAUUGAGACUGAGUUGGAAGUGAUUGAAGCCAUUUAUUUAGAGGACAUUACCGUUGAAGUGAACCAAUCGGCCGAUCGUUUGGCCACUAUUUGUGUCAACGUAUGCCCGAAGACGGGCCACAAUACUGACCACCAGUUGGUUCGGCUCACUCUUGUGAUUGGCAUUCAUCAAAAUUAUCCCAACAAAUGGCCGGACAUUGAGUUCAAGAACAUAAGGGGUUUAACCGAUGAUAAGAUAGAGAUAAUAAAGUCAUCGAUUGAUUCGGUCUGUGAGGAGAAGGCAACGGAACCAAUGCUUUACGACAUUAUCGAGAAGGCGAUGGAUGUGUUGACAACACUAAACGAUCCAAUGGGCAAUCGGUGUGCCAUAUGUUUGUACGACUUCACCACCAAUGAUGAGAUAAUGCGA